AAAUCAUCCUAUAACUCCAAUGCAGCAACUUCUUUUAACACUCAGAUUUUUAGCAACAGGAUCUUUUAUAAUAUCUGCAGGUGAUUUUGCUGGAGUGAGUACUACUAGUGCUCACAGAAUUAUUCACCGUGUUACAAGUGCAAUUGCUAGACUUCGGCCACAUUUUAUAAAUUUUCCUACUACAGAAAAUGAAAUAAAAAAAGAACAAUUAGAAUUUUAUAAAAUCGCACAUUUUCCAAGAGUUGUAGGUUGCAUAGAUUGUACACACGUUCGAGUCCAAUCGUUUGGUACUGAGAAUGCAGAACUGUUUANAAAUAGAAAAGGAUAUUUUUCUUUAAACGUGCAAGUUGUGACAAAUAGUAAUUUGGAAAUUACUAAUAUUGUAGCUCGAUGGCCUGGAUCGGCACAUGAUAGUAAUAUUUUUAAUAAUAGUCAAUUGCGAGGAACAUUUGAACAAGGAAUGUACAAUGAUGGACUUUUAUUAGGAGAUAGUGGUUAUGCUAUAAAACCGUAUUUAAUGACGCCAUUGCUAAAUCCACGAACUCCUGCAGAACAGCUUUACAAUGAAUCGCAUAUACGUACUCGAAAUACAAUUGAGCGUCUCUUCGGAAUUUGGAAAAGACGAUUUCCAGUUUUAGCAUUAGGACUACGUUUGCAAUUGGACAAAGUAAUGAUUGUAAUAGUAGCNACUGCUGUUUUACACAAUAUUGCUCGUAAAAAUAGAGAUGAAGAACCACCAGAAGAUCCUAACUUAAAUCUUCCAGCUCCUUGGGAUGAACUGUUGAAUUAUGGUAAUAUAAAUGAUAAUGCGGACAACAGAAAUAAGGAAAGUCAAAAUGCAGUCGAAAGAAGAAUACUUAUUAACAAUUAUUUUUGGAGUUUAUUGUAAGUUCGGACUACUCGAAGAAACGUAAAUAUAAAAAGACAGUAUACAUGACAUGUAAAUACAUUAUUAUAAUAUUACUUAUUUAGAUAAAUAAAUA